AUGCUGGAGCAGCUGGAGACCAGGAUUGAGCAGCUCUACAACAGCAACAACCCUCAGUGGCGGGCCUUACUUGGGUUGUGGGCGUGCUGCUUUGGGGUGCUCCGCCUCACACACGUGGCUCGGUCUUCCCCGAGACGGCUAUCGAGGUCCACCUUCCACUUCCACUGCUCCAAGGGCAAGCAGAGAGGGAACAGGAAUGGCUUCGACUACGCGGUCCCGAGCUACUUCAUGUCUGGGUGGGAUUGGUCGACCCGCUGGCUGGAGGAUUGGCGCGCCCUACCUGUGCUAUCCCGUCAGAAUGCGGGCAUCAAUUUCAACGAGUUUGGCCGGCCCUACUCCACCCCCCAGACAGUCAAGCUGGCUCAGGAUUUGUACACCCCCUUGCUUGCUGCAGGUGCCGCCCAGGUCAGCACGUACAGCUUCAGGAGAGUGGGCCCUUCUUUCGCUACGUUGGCUGGCUGGUCCCCCCAGCAGCAGUUGUCGCUGGGGGACUGGCAGGAUGCUACACGCCUGCGCCAGGAGGGCAAUUCCAUGCCCCUUCGGUACGCCAGCACUCGUUACACGGCGUCAGUGCGACGCAAGCAUUGCCUCAUCAACGCUGUUGCUAGCUUGGUGCGCUUUACUUCCUGGGAUGAGGUUACUCAGGAGGCCUUGGAGGCCGCCGAGCGGGACGGUGCCCUGGGUAUGGACAGAGCCGUUCAGAAGGACAACCACACGGUCCAGCUCUCCCCUGAAGAGAUCCAGCCACGGUUUCGACUGCCAGCUGCGGUGCCGGUGCCUGCGGCAGCUGCAGCAAUGAUGCCGCGGCAGAUUGGGGGCAAGCGGCUCCCGGCUACCUUGCGGGAUGGAGUGCAGCUAUGUGCUGCUUUUCAGGCAGGCCAUUGCCGGCAUCAGGGCGAUGAGUGCUCUGGCGGCCGACACCGCUGCGCCAUUCUUCUGCAGUCGGGGAGGGUGUGCGGCGGAACCCACGGUGCUGAGGUCUGCCGGGUGAAGCGCUUUGUGAAGGCUCCCGAAUCUCCGCCGAGGACGGGGAUACGUGCCAAGGCCGGCGCUGUGGUCUUGAAGCCCAAGGCGAAGACGAUCCAGGUCAAGGUCAUGCCAAAGAGCCGGGGCGCUUUGGCUGGCUCUGGGAGCUCGUCCUCGGAUCUCCCUCCUUUGAAGAGGCAGCGCGUUGCGCAGGAGCCGGCUCACCCGCCACCGAGAUCUUCUGCUUCCGCGUCCGCCCGUGGUUCGGGCAUCCCUGAGCCAGCUAUGCCGCCUCGCAGUCGGCCGGUGCAGCCUUCGAUCCCCCUCCAAGGACGGACUGGAGGGCGGAGGGACCGCCAGGAUGAUGCAGCUGAGAGUCGCGCGCUGGAGCGCCACUUCGAUAGCAUUGCCACCAUCGGGGGGAAGCGCAUUCAGCCCCCCACGAAGCUUUGGGAAAGUCGCGAGGGAGGGACCCUCUGGCUAUCUGGCAUGCCCACGGCCGAGACCUUGCAUGCUUAUCCGAGGUGUGACCUCCAGCUGUCUUGGCUGACCGAGUCCCUCACUUCCCGCGGCGGUGCGAUCAUUCCUGGAGCUUUGCAGAUGCAGGUGGCAAUCACGGACGCUCGGUCCAGGGACAGGCAAUGGAAGGAGUGCUGGCCAGUCAUUCGCCAGACUCUUGUGAGUGGAGGCUCCGUCUUGGGACAUUGCGUUGCGGGGCACCGUGCUGCGACUGGUCAAGCGCUGCUUCUCGCCUUGCUCACCGACGUCCCCUUUGAACAGGCUCAGGCCACAGUGGGUCGCCUUCGGGAAUGUCAAAUUUAUAAAGUGAUGGACCAAGGCACCAUUGCGCAAUGGGCAACGGCGUACCGCUAUGUCGCCACCGCCAAGGACAAGAGGCAGGUCAACGCCUCCGGGAUUGUACCAAGGUUCAAGACCUCCAAGAAGCUCAAGGCUAUCAACGGGCCUUCUGUCGUGACUGCUUGCAGCGAGCAUCGGCAGUAUUCCACCCAAAGUGAGGUGAUCACAUGUGAGGGUGCAACGUCCGGAGGGAUAUGGCGCAGUUUUCAGCCCGAGGAGAGCACAGACCUUAGCGACCAGGCGGAGUUACCGUCGGUUUCUCCAGCCAUGGCUUCCUUUAGUCUUGUGCCGAGGGACGGUGCAGACUUUCGUGCGACUAUGGAGUCAUUGCAGUUAAAUUUUGAGUUCUCCGAUGAUGUGCUCGAGGCGUUGGUCAAGCAGAAGAUCAAGAAUCUCGAAGAAUUUCGCUACUUCUUCGAAUCAGAAGGGGAGAUAGGCCUCUGGGUCCAGAAGCUGUCUUUAGGAGACCAGCAGCCGCUGCAAACGGCCCGCCUGCGCCGUACUUGGGCGGCCGUCAAGGUCUUCUUCCCGCAUGCCGACGCAGGCCGGGUCCGGAUCUCAGAGGCGGAUCUGGAUGAUCUUCUUGAUGACAGUGCCUUGCGCGACAUGAAGCAGCAGUUUUGGCGGCGUUACAAAACCAGGUUCCCUCCGGAACUGUAUCCAUCAGACGCCACGCUCUCGCGAGUGACGCGAGAGCUCAACAAAAGAAUGUUGUGCGUGUUCAGCGUCUGGAAGGUCAAGAGUCUCCAGUUUCAGCUUCUGAGCACUAGCAAGAAGCGCAAACUUGGGGAUAACUUGUACACCGAGGAUCAAGACCAGGACGAGGUGAUCCCUCGCGACUACGAGUCCUACCUUGACCGCUUGCAGAUUCUCCUCACAGCAUAUGCGUUGGCUGGGGUCCAGCCCGUGGCGGGUUCUCCCCCCGCUAACGGGGAGAACACGGUGGGGUCCGAUACCACGCAGUUCGUGCAUGCACCCUUGGAUGUGCUCAUGGAGUACUUCCAUCGAGCGAAAAGGUCGGUCUCGCAGGUGCAAGGGCCUAAGAAACUGUCCUGGCUUCAGCACAAGGACACCGAAGAGCGGGCAGUCUGGGUCUCCAAGUUCAGGGAGUCCACCAAGACGCUCGGUGCCGUGGUGCGCGAGGUGCUCGACCUGCGCGAUGCGCACUGGAUACCGGUGCAAGCGGGCUCCGCAAGCGAGGCCUUGUCCGCUUCCCCAGCGAAGCCUCCACAGGGAGGGGCCCCGCAGCCCCCCCCCAAGCCUUCUUCCUUCGCCUUGGGCAAGAGCGUCAACGGGAAGAAGGUGGCGCAGAUGAUGAAAGAUGGCAAACGACUAUGCCAGGAUUAUCAAGAGGGCCGUUGCGCGCGAGGCAAGCAAUGCCCCGAUCUGCAUAGAUGCGGCGUGGUUCUCAAGGGCGAGAGCUCCUACAUCGCCCAGAUCAAUCCCUGUCAUGGCGGAUCUCUUUUCCGGCAAUCAAGCUUGGCAGCACAGCUCCAGCAGGUCGAUUUCAUAGUGGCAGCUUUCGACUGCUCCACCAAGAGCCGCGCGCGGGACAUCCCGCGCUCCUUUGAGGAUGGCAGGCCGGCACCUAGGCCGCUUCGAUCUGCAUCAUGCCCAGAGGGACUGGGUGGGCUUAGCAAGUCUGAGCAGGAGCGAGUGGACAAAGACAACCGAGCAUGUUCCUUUGUCCUCGAUGCUAUUCAGCAGGCGGCCGAGAAGGGCGUCGGGUCAGUGCGCGAGAAUCCAGCCAACAGCUUGCAUUGGCUUCUCCCCCAGGAGGUGCAGUCUUUCCAGUCGGGCUUGUGGCAAGACAAACACUAUGAUGCGUGUUGUUGGGGUGGAGCUCGCUACAAGCGCCAGCGAUUUAGGCGCAAUUUGCAAGAAAUCGCAGACUGGCCGGCGAUUCAAUGCCACCAUAUCCAUGGUAAAGGCGAGUGGGACCCUCAGUCCGUGGAUGGCAAGCACUGGUUCCCGUCGCAGGAGGAAGCGGAAUUCACAGCCCCGCUUGCGUUUGCGAUUGCAGUGUCAGCCUCGUGGUGGGCUGCCAGAGUGGGCCGCGCUAAGCUGGCUGUCCCAAGGAUGCCGGUCCCGGGCUGUGUUGGUCGGCGGGAAGCGUGGACUAGCUUCGAUCCGCGAGCACUGCGGGCCUGGGCGAUGGCACCUUUGGCUAUCUCCCUUGGCUUGACCCCGCCCUGCGAGGAGGAAGCGAAUCGAAUCCCACAACGCAGGGCAGUGGCAGAGAUCCAGCGUGAGGACGUUUGCUACCACCAGGGGCCAUCUACAUUGGCCAAGGACAACUUGGGAGACCAGCUCCCAGAACUCUUUGGGAAGACCUUGGUGGUGGAUGAGAUCACCGCCUGGCCGUCGGAAGGUGAUGCCCUUGCCGGGCUCGUCUUUGAGGAGCUGUCGGACAGGAACAGGGAAGCCAAGCCAUUGCAACGGAGGCCGCCGAAUAAGAAGCGCAGGAGUAGCCAGAUUGGUCGUCCACUCCGUGCGCUCGGGUUGGCAGUGGCUCCGUUGGCGGAUGCAUCCCAAAUUUUCUCCUGUUACUUGCGGCAAGAAGAUGUCUUUGGGGCAGUCUGCAAGCUUUUUCCGGCAGAAUGGUUGGAAGGAGUUACCUUCCCGUUCCUUGAAGACUUGAUCAACGCUCCACCGUUUGAUUUGUUCACAAGGUGGCUGCGAGACUCGGGAGCUGAUUGGACAGGGCCUUGCGGGCCUACUUUGGCUCCCCAGUCGGCCCGUAUCUUCCAGCGUGCUGCGGGACAGCAGGCGGGAGCUCUAAGCCAGAGGGCAGCCUUGCCUCCUCUUCUGUCCUUUGGAUUAUCAGAAGAGGACCACUUCUGCCACUCUCUUGCGCGCCUUCACGAACCAGUCCCUACGGAGCGCGAGCCUAUCUUGGACCCCGACCUCCGCUUCGCCGCCGACUUCACAGCAGCCAAUCGAACAAGCUUGCGAUCCCUGCGCCAGAAUGCGAUCGGUGCAGUACGUGAGCUCAAGCGCAGGUGGGCCCCAGUCGAUGUCGCCCUGCGGCGUUUCCAGGCCCCCUCCCUACGCCGUGUGACGGCUGCUCGGGACAUUGGGCUAGUGGCGCUACUCGUUGUGCUGUUCUCCUGGCCUGACACGGCUCUGCCAUUUGCCCUGGUGGCGGGAAUGCCAGCGGUGAUGCGUGACUGGCGGGCCCACAAUGCUCGUAUGCUUUCCAGGAUUGGACCGUCCAAGGACGACGUUUUCUUGUUGCAGCAAUCCACCAAGGAUCAUGAGGCCAUUGUGGCUCGAGUUCCCCCGGAAGACCUCGAGGAGGCCAAAGAGAGUGACUCUUUGGAAUCUGGGGGGGAGGACUGGCCUGAUGCUUAUCGGCAUUGCCCAAUGAGCGAAGAGGAGUCCCUGGCUUGCUUGGUGGUAUGGUGGCACCACGAAUGGCAAGCACCCGCCUAUCAGAUCUAUGCCGGGCUUCUAUUUGGGCUCCCGCUGGCAGUUACAUCUUUCAAUCGCUAUAGUCGUUUCUCCGAAGCAGCCUCUCGGAGGCUGGCCCUUACAGUGGCUUCCUCCUACUUCGACGAUUUCAACCUGCUCGAUUGGGCAUCGUCCAAAGGCUCGGGCCAGUGGGCCGUUGGGUCAAUCAACACCCUGUUAGGGACGCCGUUCGCUGCAGAAAAGCGGCAGCCUAUGUCGGCACAUGGCACGUUCCUGGGGCUGGAUCAUGACUUAUCCGAGGCCCUUUCCCAAGGCUUCGUCACCUUUUGGGCGAGAGAGCGCCUAUUCGACAAGAUGGCUGACCUUAUCGAGCAGGCUACCUCUUCCGGCUCCCUGCGAGCGGGCCUCGCCUCCAAGAUGUUCGGCCUUAUGAACUUCUUGGAGCAAGGGAUGUAUGGCCGGGUAGGUUGCGGGGGGCUGGCAGCCCUCUCAGAACGCCAAAACUCACGUGAGGUUGGGCUCACGGAAGAGAUCCGUGCUUGCUUUCGCCUGAUUUCGGCAAUUCUCCGGCUCCGCCCUCAGCGCCAAUUCUGGAUCAUGCG